AUGGCAUCACAUAAUCUUCCUGUGCAGCCCCGAAGCCAAGCACGACCAAACCCGUAUCCUCCUCGAGGCAUGACUCUCCUGCCCCGAGACCCAAUCAGAGUGGCGACCCGAGAUCCCGAUCCUGACUCGGGAGAAGAUUUCACUCUCCUUUCAAGAGAUUCUGGCAGUCCUGACUUGAUGAGUGGUGCCAUUCCUGAUCGAACGACGAACGGCAUUCCUUCUCACACGGAAAAUAGCAGUCCUGUUCCCAUGCAAACUAACGAUUCUGUCCGGACCGGGAUUGACGAUAGCGUUACGGAAGAAAAUGACGAAAAUGACGAUGAUGACGAUGAUGAUGGCACUCUCCCGGAAGAUUUCAGCUUCUGGCAUGUUUGUAUUCGCUGUAUUCUUGUCAUGAACGCCGACUAUACCCCCAGUUCUGCUCGGCCGCUGUGGCCCAAGUGUUGCUUCGGUGACGACUACUUUCCCACAAUCUGCAAAGCCUGCCUGCGAACUGGAUCACGCUGCGAGUUGCCCCCACGUGGCCUCGAAAGGGAGACCACUAUCUUGAUGAACAUCAUUGGUUGGGCAAGAAAGGAAAUUUUUGACUCCCACCAACGUCUUAUUCCACCCGUAGCCUGCAGGGAUAUUGCGAACGAGGUCCACAAGCUGUCAAGAGUAUACGAGGGUGUUUUGAUGGAACAUUGUCUCCAGCACAGUCUCCUGGUCUACAAGCUCGCAGAUGGACGGGGCCCUAGUGGCUCUCGAGAUACUAUCCUCCAUGGAUACGAGAAGUACAUGGAUUCUUGUCGCAAAGCAGCCGCGCGUGAUUUCCAACCGCUCAAUCCAGGCGCAGAUUAUCAAACCAUGCGGCAGCAUCAGGCCAGAAUCAUGGGCGGUCUCAAAUACGGUGACAAGGGCUACAUGCCUUGGCGAACCUGUCUGAGCAAUCUUUUCAGAGAUAUUCGCAAGGUGCUUAUCCAGUCCAACGGUGACGAAGACUAG